ACGUCACUUCUAGCCAAUCAACAAUCUCUAAAUUAGAAUGUCAAAAUGGCGGCUCAGACGAAGUGAAGUACUAAAUCAAGUUCAAAGCGCGUUCAAAGCAUGAACAGAUGCAAUUCAAGCCGAAGUCCUUUAAAGCAAGCCAAAUGUGGCGUAUGGAUGGAUGAAGAAGAAUGGAUUCCAGCUGAUCUAUCAUUGAUGUAGCACCAUGGCCCAAACAAGUAGUGAUGAGGAUUUGUUGCUGAAGAAUGUGGCAGAACUGCGCCGGAAGCUCAUCCGAACUGAACAAAACUUACAACUUCUUCAAACACCAAGGCGGGAUCAUAGGUACUUGGAUGACUUUGAGUAUGAUGUGGUUCCAGAAGAAGAUGAGCAGUUACCAGCGUUGACCCUUGAUGACCUGACCCCUGACCGUGUGACCUCAUCGACGUCCCUGAGGUCAGAGCAGAGUGAAUACAGCAGAAAGAGUUCUAGAGUAUCCCAUGUCUCCACCUCUAAGCAGAGCAGGAAAUCAAAGUAUGAAAGUGGCCAGGACCUUUCAGCCCAUUCCUCCACCUCUUCUCUACUGGAUGGAACUGCUCUUGAUCCAGACACUGCAGAGAACCGCCAUCUUCGCAAGAAGCUCAAGGCACUGCGGGAGGAGAACAGCAACCUGGUGGGAGAGAACCACAGUCUGCAGAACCAGAUAGAAAGCUCCCAGUAUGAACUCAGACUAACUAAAGGACAGCUGAAGAUGCUAGGCAUUGAGAUUGAUGGAAGUAGAUCAUCCAUUGCAAGCCUCAGGAAGAAAUGUGAAUCACUCAAGACAGAGCUCAAGGUUAAUGGGUCAGCACUCAGGAUAGCAGAGAAGAGCCUUGAUGAGAGUGGGAGGCAGCUAUCAGACAAGGAGUCUCUCAUUCAGAGUCAUCGUCAAGAAGUGAAGAAGAUGCGCUCAGAGCUUCAAGAAGAACAAAAAUUGAGAGACAGGAUGGAAAUGCAGAGAGAUGAAACUGCAAGAAAACUAGAAGAAUUGAAUGAACAGCUUGAUAAUUACAGAUUCGACACUCAGGAUCAACUAAGAAUGCUAGCAGCUUCUGAAGAGCACCUGAGGGGUAGUCUAGAACACUGUGAUCGUGAGAGGGAAGAGCUUCUUGAGAGGGCUACGUCACUGGAGGAAGACUUACAGGAUGCAAGGGAUGAGAUCAGAACACUGAGGGAGUCCGCCAAUUUGCUGAGCCAGACAGAGACUGCCCUCCAAGGCUCCAGGCAUGAGGCCCAGGAGCAUGUUAGCAGGAUCCACGACCUGGAGACAGCACUCCUCACCAGGGAUAGGGAGAACCAGGAGCUCACCGACCUUACCUCAAGGCAGAGCGAACGUCUAGCAGAGUGUCAGAGAGACAUUGAGAAGAGCCGUGAACAGCUGCAGAAGCUUGAAGGAAUGGUUGCUAGAAGUGCUGCAAGAGAAAGUGUCAAAGGGAGAAGCUCUACACAUCUCACACAAUCUUCUGGCCCCACUAGAGAUUCAGGUUUUGAAACCGAUAUGGAAUUAUUGUCAACCACCAGCCAAACUGUAGUAUCCGAGCUCAGGUAUCAGCUAGCGGUGAAGGAUGUGGAGAUCCAGCAACUCAGGUCAUCUCAGUUCCCUGAUCACCAACCCAGCCUGUCUUCCCUUCAGGAUGGGAGUAACAGUAGAAGUCCAACCAGUCUCAGGGCACAGCUGGCAGUAUUAAUGGAAAAAAGCAAGUUGGAGGAAAGGAAGGCACUUGAACUAGAGAAGGUGAUUGGCUGCCUGAAAUCAGAAGCCAGCAAAAUGAGCAAUGAGAACAGCCGUCUGAAGCAGAAGCUGGCCGAUUCGGAAUCCGGCAGAUCGUCUCUUGAAUCGGGCAUGAUGCUUAGGGAUGAUCAGCUCACGCACCUCCAUGGGGAGAUUCGAGAGAAAACUAGUGAUGUUAUCAAAUUGGAGAAAGAGCUGAAGAAGGCAAAGGGGAAGAUGUCUGCAUUGGAGGCACAGCUGGAAGAUAAGACUUCAACCUUCUCGGUCCAUGUCGCUAACAUUGAACAGCUACAGCGGACCCUUGAUGUGACAUCAACACAGCUAGCUGACACCAAAAAUGAACUGUUGAAGAAAGCAUCUUCGGAUGAGAUACAUUCCUCUCGCCUUGAAGAGAUCAAGAGAAUGAAUAGAGAGCAGUGUCAAGAUCUACAUCAUCAACUUGAUCUGAUGCAUCAAAAGAUGGAACAGCAAUCACAUGAAAUGGUCUCCUUACAAGGAGAUCGAACAAAACUACAGAGGGAGGCAAACCAGAAGAAAGAACAGCUGACAAAAUUCAAGAACGACCUAGCCGAGAGUCAGAAGGAGUUAGUCAACAAAGAUGUUGAGAAUCAGAAGCUAUGGAACACCCUUCAGAGCAGGGCCGAUGAGGGUACCCUUAGACUGGCCCAGAUGGAGUCUGCACUGGAAGUUUGUAAGCAAGAACUCAAUAUGUAUAUAACACAGCUGGAAGAUGUCAACACAAAACACCACCAAGAGAGGGCACUAAAGGAUAGAGAGAUUACAGAUCUUGAAGAUAGGUGGAAGAAGGCUACUGUAGAGACCGAGGAGCGAGGGAUCAAAGUAGCAGAUCUUGAGCAAUCCUUGAGAGAAAGACAACAGAUGUUACAGCAGAGCACAGAGAGAAUAGCUGAGCUUGAAGAUAAAGAGGCGCAUCUAGAACAACAGGUUUCUACUCUGUCCAAGGAGUUGAGCUUGUUGAGGUCAACGGCCACUCAAGAGGCUCAGGCCUUGGAAAAGAAGCUGCAUCAAGCCUGCUUGGAUCUAGAGGAGAGAACCAAACAACUGAGACAGUAUCAUCAAGAACUUGGCUCUUCCCAGUCUGAGCUGGUGCUGUCAAGGAGCAAGGUGGCUGACCUGGAGGAGAAACUCAAAGACACCCGGCAAGAUGGAGAUAACCAGGCAGAGAAGACUACUCAGCUGGAAAAAGAGCUCCAUGCCAACAAGCUCCAGUUAGAAGAAGCACAGAGCACAGUGAAAGAACUGGAGGAGGUUCUUGAGAGGACCAAGGAAGAGUCCAAGACAUCCAAGGAGCGCUGCCGUCACCUGGACACCGAGCUCCAGCAAGCCCAGGAGGAUCUUAGAGCUGCUGCCACCCAGCUAGGGGAGCUCCAUAGACUCCUCCAGAGGAGCAAGGCAGAGAAUAAACACAAGCAGGAGAGAGUGGAGGAGCUCAAUGAGUCUCUCAGGAAAAGUCAAGAUGAUAUGAGAAGUAAGGAACGUGACAUGGCUGAAAUAGAUCUAGCAUUAAGAACAAGUCAGAGAGAGCUUCUGCAGAGAUCUGCUCAGGUGAGUCAGCUUGAUGUGACUGUGAAGGAGAGACAGAGUGAGAUGGAGAGACAGAUCCUAGAGCUUGAAAGCACUCUCAACAAAACACAAUAUCAACUUAAACAGACCAAACAACAGGUCACUGAACAAGAAAAUGAACUGGAGAAGCAAUCAGAUGAGAACCAUAAGAAGAUGCUUUUGAUCCAGGACCUAGAACAGUCAUUGCAAAGACAGUCGGAUGAAAUCACACUCAAAGCCACUACUAUCAAGGAAAUUGAGAAAAGAGUUGAAGAUCUAAUCCAUGAUCUGCAGGGGAGUAAGAAGGAAUACCUAGACCAGGGACAGGAGCUUAGGCUAAGCAGAGAACAAACCCAGCAAGCUCACGUCAACAUCACUGAGCUGCGGAGAGAGCUAGCCCAAGCACAAAGAAAUCAGGACAACCUAACUAGUGAGUUACAGGAUGCAUUGGAGAUGUGCCAUAGGAAAGAUGAGGAUCUAGGAAGACUAGCCGAGGAAGUGGGAGCUACCAGAGCCCAGGAGCUGGCCCUUCAGGCUCAGUACACUGCAGAACUCCAGCAGAUUGCCAAGCUGAGAGAUGCCGAGGUCGAGCAGAAGGAAGAUGAGGUCAGCCAGCUACAGCAGAGCCAUGUGAGUCUCCUUGCCUCCAGAGACCAGCUAGACUCAUCCCACAGGCUCCAGAUUGCUCAACUCAAGGAAGCCGAACAGGUAGCCAGUCAGGCCCUGCAGGAAACCACCAAACAAGUGGCUGGCUUGGAGGCUGAUCUAGCAGCAUCCAGGGAAGUUAUCAAUGCUUCCAAUGAAGCCAUGGUUAUAAAGGAAUCAGAGAUAGCACGUCUUAAGGCCAAGUUGUCUGGCUACGAGAGGGCCAUGUUUGGCUCUCAUGGCAUGCUGGACACCCAUCCCCAAGAGAACACAUCUCGGAGGAUAUCAUCCUUACCUUCCAGCCCCUACACCUCCCCAUCCACCAGCUAUGUAAGGGUAAGCCACACAUCCAGCCAUCUAUCGCCACCUGUCAGCUACUAUAUGUAUGAAGGAAGCCCUGGGAGACUGAGCUAUGAGUUCCUGGAUCCUGAAAGACCAUCUCUUGAUGCACAGAGACGAAAGGAUACGGACGAAGGGAAGAGACUGGUGGAUGUUGAGUAUGCAGCAUCGGUCUCUCCUGGACAGAGGGAUUCUGUAGAUGUGUUAUUUACUAAUGACCUAUCAACAUCUCAAAGGAGAGCAAAUACCAUAAACAUAGCUCAGACGAACAAUAGUGGAAGGACUGAAGAGAGUCGCAGCGAAUCUCAGGUUGAACUGUUGAAAUGGAGUUCCAAGACAGUCAACCAUGUUAAGCGCAUGGAACAGCAUGAUGCUGUUUCUGAGACGACAGAACGUAACUCGGUCAUAUCAGGAAUAGAGAAUCUACCUGAAAAUGGCCAGGAUGUCGAAGAACCCGGAACAUUCCAGGCGAUGCUGGACUUUGUCAACCGACAGAUUGUAGCGGAAACUGCCACCACGCAGCCGGACAAUGCCAGGGAUGAGAAUUGGUUGAACCUUGAGGAUUUUUCUGAUGGUAACAUCCUUGUCAUGUCCAGCCACAGCAGCACUGCAUCAACUGAGCCUGCUGGAUCCUUCUCUCCUCCCAUUCCCCUCCAGCAUGCCAACAGCUUACCAUCAUCUCACCCUGCCCCUCUCUCGCCAAAGUCCCCCCGCAGGAAAAGUGGAAUACCCCUCAGAAAGACCUCUCCAAUCCGAAGAGCUCUCUUCUCCAAAGGGGGAAGUACUCAGACUGUUACUGGGAAGAAGAACAAAGGGAGGAAAGCACAGCAGUCAAAAUCUCCCAAACUUCCUGAAAGAGAAAAGAGUUCCACAGAGACCACACCCCUGAAGCAGAGGCUAGCCAAUCAGAGGGCUAAACUUGCAUCACAAGGCAAGGCACAAUCCAAAAGCACCAACCAACAACUCAAGCCUAGCGAAUGUAUUGCUGAUUUACAAGCCAAACUGAUAGCCACCAAUGCCCGUAGGCAGAAGAUUGAUGAAGAACUAUUUGGUGUCAAAUCUUUGGAUGAGUAAUCCAAGUUCACCAACUAGAACAGUUCUUAAUUUCUGCACAAUUUUUUGUGAUAACCACGCAUGAUCAUAUUGCAUGUACACUGUAUGAAUGCAUACUUCUAUAGGAUAUGUUGCAUGAACCUCCACUGUUUUCAACUCGCAUUUUAUUCCCGAAAAUCAAUCCUAACAAAUUAUUUCACAUUUGCAGUUGGUCUCAAUGUUGCUCCUUUAAUCAGAAAGUAAUUUUUCUUAUUUUCUGGCAAAUUGAUUUAUUGCUUAUUCGUUAUUAAUAUAUUUCCUAUCGAUUGCAGAUGAGUUGCUUGUAACACACCUUCUAAGUGGUCAUUGCAAAAAACUUACAUUAAAUUGCAAAUCAAGCAUGAUGGGGAAUUGCAAGAAAGUUGAGUUGCAAUUGAAGCUAAAUCAACUACAAAUUUGCAAUCAGAGGACUUUUGCUUGUAUUUUGGUAUGACGCUUGAUUUAGGAUUGAGCGUCAGUUUCUUGCCCUGCCCCAUUAGUAAUGCAAUUUAAUCUGUUACAAAUAUCACAUAGUUCAUUUGGGAUGAAUAAGUUGAACAUAAUGAUCUCUCUCUGUAUUGUUACGUUUGUACCUAUGUUGAUGGAUGGGUUUGUGGCUGAUGAAUUAAUAAUACCGAAGUGCCUUUAUUCACCUACCUAUCUUUGUCUGUUUGGGUACAACAAUAGAUAAGCCUGCAUUCUAUAGGACUAUGGUUUUCUAACUUGCCUUAUAAAGUGACUUUGUCUGAUGAUAUUAUUGAAUGUUGAGAGGUUGAAAUGCUAUAAUUGAAGCAUAUUAAGAUAUUUGUAAAAGGAAUUCUCUAAUUCAGCGCUUCUCAACCUUUUUUUACUGAAGGACCACUUUGACUCUCAGAUUUUUUUCGAGGCCCACCAACAGAGCUGCCAAGUAGUACGAUUUUUCCGUAUUUAGUACGUUUUUGCAACCAAAAUAUGGCAGUACGUUUUUUCUUUAAAAAAUACGUUUUUUGUAUUUAAGAAAAAAAUAAUAAUAAUAAUUCCGAAGGUUCGUAAUUCCGAAACACGUAAAUUGCUUAUACCUCGAUGUUCGUUAAUCCGAAAAAGGCAAAAGGGUUCGUUAAUCUGAACAUUUGUGGCGUUAUUCCGAAGGUUCGAUAAUCCGUAAACUAAAUAAGGUAAGAUGUUCCAAUGGUUCGUUAAUCUGAAAACGAAAUAAGGCUCGUUAAUCAUUAGUUUUCGGACUAACGAACCUUCGGAAUUACGAACCUCAUUUCGUUUUCGAAUUAACGAACCUUCGGAAUUACGAACCUCACUUCGAUUUUGGAUUAACGAACCUUCGGAAUUACGAACCUCAUUUCGUUUUCGGACUAACGAACCUUCGGAAUUACGAACCUUCGGAGAUACGAACCUUCGGAAUAACGAACCUUCGGAAUAUCCGAACCUUCGGAAUAACGAAGCUUCGGAAUUACGAAUGUAUGCGGUGCACAUGUGCAUGUUUUGCAACUUGCAUGAUACCAAAGCGUGCUUUCGUUUUGUUUGACCCACGUAGACCGCUCGGACAGGUCUGUGAAAUAUACUACUAUUCUAUAGCAUUUCCCCAUAUUUUUUUCUUCCUCUGAAGCCUGUUGCGGCCCACCAGUGGGCCGCGGCCCAUUGGUUGAGAAGCGCUGCUCUAAUUGAUGACAUGAAAUAAUACAACCAUUCAUUGUUUAGGGCUUGAGCCCAAUAACCCAAACUUCAAAUGGGAUUUCUAUUCAUAAGAUGGCCUGAAUCAUCUUCCUCUGUGGACUUAAGUUAGUAUGAAAUAUGCAUUGGUGUAAUUAAAUGUGGAAGCCUAUGCAAUACAGUCUACAACUUCAAAGUCUGAAUGUUCUUAAAAUUCUGGGUUCCAUUUGAUAAAGACUUGUUAUAGUAACAAAUGUACAAUUUCUAUAACAAGUUUAAAAUCAGCCAAUCAAAUUGAAUGAUUUCAGUAACUUUCAACUGUUACUGCAAUUUUGUUAUUGUAACAGGUAUAUGAAACGGGCCACAGGUCUGUUUAUAGAGUUCCAUCUCCUUUUCAUGAUGUCCCAAUGUUUCAUAGACUAUUUCUCUUAGUGCACCAUCAGCUAAGGGUGUGUUUGAUGGCGUUUAUAGACACAGACAACAACAUUUUCCAGAGUUGCUGUGGGAUACAAUACAAUUCAAUUGCCGUGUCAUUGUUGGUAAAUACUCUACAAGUACAUCGUUGCAUCAAAUUAUAUUCUUCAUGAAUUAAUGACAAUAGUGUUAUUUUAUCAAAAUUUUCCAAAAUCAGAAUAUUCUGGGAGUGAUGAAAUCUAUUCUGAUUUAACCAAGUUGAUUUGCAUUAAUAAAUAAGAAUUAUGAUAAUGAGAGGGGUUAGGGAAAUAAACUCAACUUAUGAAACAAAGUGUCCACUGGUGUUACAUGUAGUUCGACUAAUUCAAGGUUUAUUGCCAUGUACUUUGUGUUUGUCAUUUCAUCCAUAUAUGCGUGCAGUUUGUAGAAAUAGAUUACGCAUAAUUAUUUUCUAAAAAAAAAAGAAAUAUCCAAAUGAAUCCAUUUCAACAACUCCGUCCCUGACUCAUCGAUACAUGACAUUUAUGCUGCCUUCGCCUAUGUUUAUUUUGGAAAGGUGCUGUGGUUUUUUAUCUUUCUACCAAACAUAAUCUAAUAGUCUCUUUAUAAGUGUGUUCUUAGAGAAGUAUUCUUCCCUUUCUCCCUUCCUGUCAAUUAGUAAGUGACCUUUUGAAUUAAAACAGCAAACAUAAUAUGGCAAAAGCUGUCUUUUAUAAGAAAAAUUAUUAUCAAUAAACUUGUAGUAGUUAAUUCAUUCUAUUUUCACACCUUACAAUGUUAAAUGUUGAAACAGAUGUUGUUAAUAUCUAUUCAUCUCACAUGUGAAGGCCACUGCACACCUUAUGACUGGUCAAUCCACGAUCUGAUUUUGGAACAUAUUGCAUUUUUCUCUUUUUCUUAAUGAAAGUACAGUAUAUCUUUAUCUGAGGUUCAAAUUAGCUGUAAGAACACUAAUAUGACAUUUUGGAAAUUGAAAGCAUUUAUUCUUGAGUAAAGCCCUAAUUCGUUUCAAGUCGUAACCAAUGGUAUGAUUGCUAUGACGUCAUUACAACUAGAUUUUCAAUUCACUUUUAUUCUAAUAAGGAUGGUAGCAUAGUCGCAGAUUUUAACAGUAGUAUUUGUACAAUAAUUUAGAACUUUACACAGUAAAAUGUUCCAUGACUCAAUAUUAGAUCAAAUUUUAUUACGUUUAAAUUUUUAUUCCAAAAUUGGAUCGCAGACCAAUCGUGAGGUGUGGGAUGAUUUUAUUUGAAUCACCAACUCUCACCUCCCCCCUUGUAUUUGGGCUAUUAACAUGCAACUAAAAGAUGAAUUAAUGAACAAGUAACACUCUGACUCAUGGUAAUCUUUGUAUAAGUAUAAGUUCAUUCAUUCAUUCAAUUAAAAUCAAUAGCAAUGUCCAAAGGUAGGAGAUUCUCUUCACUGUGUCCUAAAAUGAUACAUAGAAAAUUGGUAAAUUUACUCCUUUGUUCAUUGCUAAAUAUAUUGUAACAAUAUUAUGCGUACAAUUUAUUAAUGCCCACAUGUAAUUGUAUAUUCUAGCCAUAAUUUGAUAAAGACAUUCCUUCCUUCUUGCAUUCCACCAAGUGUUUCUAUAGCUCUUAAAUUAUUUGUACAGAAAUUAUAGAACAGAAUACAUGUACAUAAAAUGUAUAAAAAUAAUACAUGCAAUUAAUAAAGAAAUAAUAAAAAAUUUCUUGGCCUAUUGUUAUAUGAUC